GCCAGCGGCGUUUCUCGAGUGCCCGGCCUGGCUCUGCCGUGCUGGCGGAAGGUUUCCGGGCCCUGCGCGCACAACGCUUCGAGGAUGCGCUGCGCUGCUUCCGGCUGUCGGGAAGCUCCUCUUCGCCCAUACUGCAAGCGGCUGCGAGCAAU